AUGUCGAUCGAUACAGCAGCGUCGGUUCUUCAAACAGUUAGCACGAUCCGAGAACAAUUGACCAGAGGAUUAACCAUUUCAGUGGAAAAUAAUCAUUCGCAUUAUCAUUUACGGAACAUGGAAUAUUGGUCCGAGACUGAUUGUUUUAAUGCUCCUACGAUAACUAUCGGUCCUGGUAAAUGGGGUGUUGGGGCAUUUGAGAGUAAAGUUACCUGUGGAACGAAGGGAAUAUUAUGUUACGAACUUUUACUUGACGAAAGGAAAUUAAAAAAUCGAUUAUUUUUACUUAUAGGUUGGAGUGCCGGCAAUACAACUUUUAUUCAUUUAAGUCCCGAAGUUGAAGAAGAUUAUGCUGAAGUUGAAGAUGAAAAUUCUUUACCUCCAUCUUCUUUAUCUGUUUGUGCCACAAUGGCCACAAGUGCGAUAGCAAACCUUAAAGUUGAAAUUAACCCAUAUUUAGAACGAAUAACAAAUGUUAUAAAAAGUCCUUUAUUAAUUCCAUCGCCUGGAAGUAAAUUUUCUAUUACCAAAUAUAUGGAAAAAAGUCUCCAAAAUGCUGAAGAAAUGGUUAAUGGUGCUUUUAAAUAUAUGGGAAUUGAAGACGAAUCCGAUCAUAGCUCUAUUUAA